AUGCCAUCGUUUAAUCAAGAUAGCUUCGGCGCCGGCUUUGCGGCUGGCCUUGUCAGUACCCUGGUCGUCGCAGCUGUCAUCACCUUUUUGGUGAUGCGCAUGAGCGACAUCUAUGGCCUCGGUCACUGGAAACUCAAUAUCACGUCUCGCCCAGCAUCCAUGUGGAUGAAUGUGGGAUACUGGAAAACACCUCAAGGCGCGCCAAUUGAAAUAUUUCCCGACGCCUGCGCUGCCCUUCUCGACCAAUGUGUCCGCGCCGCUGGCUUACUGGACGACGACGACGACGACGAUUCUGGUGCCGUUUCUGGCUCUCGGGGCAGUCUUGCGGUUCUCGAUUUGGGUUUCGGAUGUGGUGACCAAACUUGGCAACUCGCUAAGCUGGCGCAAACCCAGGGCUGGAGGGACUUUCGCUACGUUGGUCUCACUCUCAAUGACGCACAGGUCCAGACAUCGCGGCGUAGGAUCUACCGCGAGAUCGCUACCGCAGGCGAUAGCAUCGACAUUAAUGUGGACUCGUUCAGCUUGUUUUGCGCCAACGCCGCGAAGCCUGAGACGUGGAAUCCUCAGGUUGCUGUAGCUGUCCGUUCGCUCGCUGAUGAAAAGUACACGGAGCGAUGGCUUCUCGCCCUGGAUUGUCUGUAUCACUUUUCCCCUUCGCGAAAGCCUGUUCUCAAACACGCGGCCAAAGAGCUGGAUGCAAACUUUAUGGCGUUUGAUCUACUCCUCAACGAGAAGGCUUCUGCUACUGACAUUUGGAAAGCCCGAUUAAUUGGCAAAAUGAUGGGGUGCCCGAUAAACACCUUUCUUGCCGAGGCUGACUACAGAGACCAGCUGGUCGAGUGCGGAUAUGAUCGCAACGAGAUCACGGUUAAAGAGAUUACAGAUGAUGUGUUUUCAGGCCUGGUAAAGUUCCUCGAUCGCCAAGAUCAAUUGAUCACAGAAUACGGAAUCUCCAUGGGCGGUUUCAAAUUAGCUGGAAGAUUAUUUAAUUGGUUUGACAAGUCUCGCGUUGUGAGGGCUGUGGUGGUCGUCGCGCGGACAAAGAGCAAGAUAGGGUAG